AUGUUGGAAAUAAUAGUACGUGUAUUUAUGAACGAUUAUCUCAUUUCAGGCAACCCAAACGACAAGAUUCUAUACGGCCGGCCCAACAAACGGCGUAGUGCCUCUUUCCCCGCACCGCGCUCGCUCGACCGGAGACACUCCCUUCGAAUAUUCGGUUCGUCGAGCAAAUACUUGCAGCGAUGUGCAUCUACCCGCAGCCUACACCACAAACAUGCGAACACGACAGACAGCUCUUCAUCCACUGACUACCCGCCUAGCGUAGAAUCUGCGUCGCCUAAGAAAGUGUCGUUGCUCUCCCGCUUAUUCAGACGAAGCGGCCGCAGCAAACAGACCCGCGCAAUGAGCACAUUUUCUGCACAGUUCCCGCCCACGGAAUGGUUCAAUUCCAAAGCGGUUCAUCUGCAUUGCGUCGCCACACAGACUGACUCUAAGGAGUCACUGCAGAGUCAAACAUCGUUCAUGUCGUCGUACUACGACGGAUCGGAGAUAAGCAAUCGGUCAUCGACAUUGCCCAGAAGGCACAAACGGCACCUGUCCACAGAGUCUGGUCUAGCAGGCUCCUUGCACUACGACCAUUCUCCCAUACGACAGUCCAGUCCCAGUUCUGGUAGCCUUCCCAGAUCCUCGCUCAGCAGGAGCUCAACGAAUAAAACCAUUCUGGAUCACUUCGGUUCACCUCAAAGGAGCAGCGAUCCGAAGUUGAGGGACAGUCCCAACGGAAGUUUACGAAGGGUAGAUUAUUCAGACCACGUCAUGUCUACCAGCGGUCCAUCGAGUUUGGAGAGCACGACGACGCAUCGGACGCCAAGGAAAGAUAGCAGAAACGCACACUCUGAUCAAAAUUCCCCAAUGAAGCGCUGCUACAACAGCGGUAGCAGCGGUCACUCCAGUCUAGAAUCGCACAUAUCUGAUCGCACUUUAAAACCUGCACCUAGUCACGCUAAUGGAGCACCAGGGCUUAGUAGAGCGCAAUCGCUCGUGAAAGUUCAAAGCUUGCAGAGUUCUCCAAAGAGCCUCCAUAAGUAUAGAACUAAACCUCCAAUCGUCGGAGGUGAAACUAUAAAAAAUGGCACUUCACCGAUGACGUCUCCAAAAAACUGUCCCAAUACUCCCAAAAAAACUGCGACCCCUUUACAUAACAAAAAUCUUGGAUCUAAAUUAGAAAACCCUACAACCGCUAUGCUAGCGAGUUCCAACUCAAACAACUCCAUUACGCUUAAGGUAACAACGAAUACAAUACAUCAAAACGGCGGUACAAAUACGAAAGUUUUCGUUCAAAAUUCACCCGUACGAUCGGUUAUUACAUUCGAAAAUGGUAAAGUUACGGAAACAAGUAAUGGAAGUAACAUUUACAUUAUUAACGACGACAGGCAAGUAGUGUCUGUACAAAAUGGUAUUUCAAAUUCAACAGCAAAGAACCCGACCGAAACAUCCUUUGAUGUAAAUGGUGAAAAUAACAAACAAAAGUACAAAGAAGCGGAGCCAAUUAAAGUACAAGAAAAUAAAUUUAACAAAAACUCGAUGAAUGAAGCGAAUAUGAAUAAUAAUCGAAAACUGUCACUACAAAUCGGCAGCGGCACGAAUAACAAUAGUUUCGUUUACAAAAAUCAAUUGAAUAACACUAAUGAUAUAGCAUCAAAUCCCGCUUCACCAGCCAUACACAAUAACAUACACAACAUUGAAGCAACGCCUAACAGCAACCCCACGACACCUACAAAAAGCUAUGAUAACAUCAUCGGUUCACUAGGAAGCCUGAGAUAUCAAAAAAACUCCUUAUCAUCAGCUAAUGGUGGCAUGCAAACGAAUAUUAACUCGAAUAGCGAACUGAAAAGUGUUGAUUUAUUGAAGAAAGCAGCUGCUUUACAAAUGUUGAAUGGCCUUCCAAACAACAGAAUGAGUUCAGAGUCGAUCGCAAAUCUAUUAACGAAAGGAAUCGAUACGAAACCAACGGUUUUAGGAUCGGAACCGAACCUAGCUUUAAAGAACCAGGAGUCGCUGAAAGACAAUACGUCGUCUGAAAAAAUAAAUUGCAUAGAAAAUAAACAAAAACGGUACAGUUUAAGCCAAGAUGGCAAAAAGGAUAAUCAGGAUUUUUACAAUUUUCCUAGUCUAAGUGACUUGAGCUUUAACUUUACGAGUUUAGCCGCGCAGAAGAUAUUGAAAGGAGUCAGUAUAAAUAGUGUCGAUACUUUAGUGGAACUAAAUAUGGCCGCCAAUACGGACAAACCAAACAACCGUGACGUCACGCCGGUAUGCACAGAUUUUGGCCUUGUAUAG